GUGAAGGGCGGAUGCCCGAGGCAGGGGGGCCACAGGGAGCACCCGCGACCUCAGCACUGGCUGCUGGCCCCCCAGCCGCGCUUGGCUGCAUUGCCACAGCAGCCGGCAACCAGAGGCUUCCCACCACCGCGAGGACUGGGGAUGACUGUGGCGCACCCGGCCCCGCGGCCACCCCAGCAGGUGGAGUGUCACUGAGGGAGGGCUCGGCCGCCUCCCGCAGCACACGCGCCAUGCCAGCUGGAGAGGAGGCGCCGGGGCAGGGGCUGCAGCAGCGGGGCACGACCUCAGCCCCCCACCCACGUUGAGUGCUCCAGGGCCCCGGGCUGUCCAUCCGUCUGUCUGCUGGGCGCCCCCACCCCGUGUCUCAGCGUCUCCCACCCAGCGUCCACCAGGAGAGGUGCCCAUCCCGCUCUCCGCUUCUGGGCCCGCCGCUGCCGGACCAUGGGAUGUCGGCAAAGCUCAGAGGAGAAAGAGGCGGCACGGCGAUCCCGGCGCAUCGACCGCCACCUGCGCUCGGAGAGCCAGCGGCAGCGCCGCGAGAUCAAGCUGCUCCUGCUGGGCACCAGCAACUCGGGCAAGAGCACCAUCGUGAAGCAGAUGAAGAUCAUCCACAGCGGCGGCUUCAAUCUGGAGGCCUGCAAGGAGUACCGGCCACUCAUCGUCUACAACGCCAUCGACUCACUGACCCGCAUCAUCCGUGCUCUGGCAGCGCUCAAAAUCGACUUCCACAACCCCGACCGCGCCUACGACGCGGUGCAGCUGUUCGCGCUGACCGGCCCGGCCGAGAGCAAGGGCGAGAUCACGCCCGAGCUGCUGGGCGUCAUGCGACGGCUCUGGGCCGACCCCGGGGCGCAGGCCUGCUUCAGCCGCUCCAGCGAGUACCACCUGGAGGACAACGCCGCCUACUACCUGAACGACCUGGAGCGCAUCGCCGCGCCCGACUACGUCCCCACUGUGGAGGACAUCCUGCGCUCCCGGGACAUGACCACGGGCAUCGUGGAGAACAAGUUCACUUUCAAGGAGCUCACCUUCAAGAUGGUGGACGUGGGCGGGCAGCGGUCGGAGCGCAAAAAGUGGAUCCACUGCUUCGAGGGCGUCACCGCCAUCAUCUUCUGCGUGGAGCUUAGUGGCUACGACCUGAAGCUCUACGAGGACAACCAGACGAGCCGGAUGGCGGAGAGCCUGCGCCUCUUCGACUCCAUCUGCAACAACAACUGGUUCGUCAGCACCUCUCUCAUCCUCUUCCUCAACAAGAAGGACCUGCUGGCGCAGAAAAUCCGGCGCAUCCCGCUCACCGUGUGCUUCCCCGAGUACAGCGGCCAGAACACCUACGAGGAGGCCGCUGUCUACAUCCAGCGGCAAUUCGAGGACCUGAACCGCAACAAGGAGACCAAGGAGAUCUACUCUCACUUCACCUGCGCCACCGACACCAGUAACAUACAGUUCGUGUUCGACGCCGUGACCGACGUCAUCAUCCAGAACAACCUCAAGUACAUCGGCCUUUGCUGAGGAGCCGGCCGGCCGCCCGCCGUGGCGAAACCGGGGACCGCUCCCCAGCGCUCUCAGAGAGCAGCCCCAGGGCCGGGAACGGGCGGAGAGGCCCCCCGCCCCCCUCCUGGCCCCCACGUCUCUGCAAACACGAACAUAUAUGGAUAGGUUGCUAGGUAGGUAGACACACACUCACACACACGUGCACACACAGCAGAUGGCAAGGCUCCCCCAUGGGGCUGAGUUCCCCUGAAGACUUGAGCUGUCACCAUGUUCACUCUGAGCCCCUCCAGCCUAGUCACCUUGCCUUCUCGGUGGCCCCGCUCUGCAUGGGGGUCCAUCCGGGACCACGAGGAGGGGCAGCCAGCUUGCCAGGAGGGGGCGCUCUGCCGACCCACCAGGAGGAGAACCAGAGCUGGGCGGCCCACCUUCGCUGGAACCCCGGCCGUGAGGCCACCUGACGGCACCGACCAGCCACUCCCAGCUCUUUUUAAACGGCUUCAGAAUACACAGCGAAACUCCACACGAUAACACAUGGCAGGACUUGACCCAGACCAGGCCAGCCGGGUUCCAGCUUUUCUUCUACCAGUCGGACAUUUUAUAAAUUGAAACCUGGUUUUUUCUCCUCUGACAUCUUUUUUUUUUCGGCCCGAUCUCGUGGUGUUUCGCAGAAAUACAGAAAAUUUCCAACGCAGUUGAGUAUUCUUUUUUAAAUGCAGAUUUUUCCAAACCUAUUUUUUUUUCAGGUGGUCCUUUUUGUGUCUGGCUUGCUGAGUGUAAAAGUUGUUACCUGGACGAGUCUGUCCAUCCGCGCCCGGCAGCAGCCUCGGGGGCAGCGUUGUACAUAAGCCCACGCAGCGUCCUCUUGUUACUGGUGCGGUUUCCGCUUCGUUUUUAUUUCCGAAAAUAAGUGUGAUGUAUUUAAAGAAGGUCCUUCACCCAGGAGCGGAUGAACAAUAGCUAAAUGUCUUGGUAUUUAAAGAGUAAGUUGCCUGUGGCUUUUUGGCAAGUGGAGGAAGGGGAGGCCCGAGACGUGCCCGGCGCCCACCCGCCUACCGAGAGCAGCCGCGACCCCUGUGAAGGCUCAGCCAGCCUCGCUCGGAGCCUGAGGGAGGCCCUUCCUGCCCCGGCCAUGGCGCUGCUGCCACCGUGAAGGACCUUGGCUCAGAGCCCUCGCCAAAUUGCAUUCAGUGGUGCCGUUUGCCCGGGGUCGGUGCACAGGGCCACAGCCAAGGACUUAGGAGAGGUCGAGGGGGAGAGAGGAGCUGGCGAUCGCACGGAAGUCCGAGAUUGUCUACUUCAAGAAAUAAAAUACCCUGAAUGAGCUGA